GGUGUUUCCCCCUCCACUGUGGCUCAUGGAAAGAAGAUGGGAGGAGAGAUUCCAUUUUAAAGCAGAUGAUUUUAGCUGAAGGGAAGGCUCCAUCGUUCUUACUGCACAUGCAAAAAACAAAAAAAUGUAAUCAAAGUAGCUCAGAAGCUGAACAUCCUGCCAGCGCUAGCUCCUUGCACUGGCGGCUGCUGACUUGGGCUUUUCUCCCUCCCCCCUUCUUGCUUUCUUCAAGAUUAAUCCUUUUAUUUGCAAUCUCAGCCGCUGACCAUUCUUGUCAAUAAAUGAGGAAGCAUCAUGCUGACCAGUAUCGCCGAUGGGAUCAUGUGUUGCCUGAUGGGCAAGACAACCAACGCGGUGGGGCCCGUGGACAGCGUUGAGUCCAGCGACGGCUACAGCUUCCUGGAGGUGAAGCCCGGGAGGGUCCUGCGGGUGAAACACACCCUGCCCACCCGCCAGUCCGAGGAGGGGCCCGAGGAGGGGCCCGAGCGGGGCGUGGUGCACUGUAAGCGCAAGAUCACCCUCUACCGCAAUGGGCAGUUGGUGAUCGAGAACCUGGGCGAUGCCAUCCGCUCCGAGCUCCUGCACUGCCAGAACGGCCCUGUGGAGCCCCAGAGCACCAUGGAAUUGGAGCUCUCGGACGUUGCCGGCAAUGCCUCCACCCAGGGCACCGCUGCCAACCCGGGCUCCAGCGCCCGGCAGGCUCCAGCGCCCGGCAAGCGCCGGAAGCGCAAGCCCAAGAAGGUUGUCAACAUCGACUGCAAGAAGCAGAUCAGCAGCUGCAAGGGGACGCAGAGCGACGUGGUGCUGUUCUUCAUCCACGGCGUGGGCGGCUCCCUGGACAUCUGGAAGGAGCAGCUGGACUUCUUCAGCAAGCUGGGCUACGAGGUGGUGGCCCCGGACCUGGCCGGACAUGGCUCUAGCUCCGCCCCUCAGAUCGCGGCUGCCUACACCUUCUACGCCCUGGCCGAGGACAUGAGGGCCGUCUUCAAGCGAUAUGCAAAGAAGAGGAACAUCCUGAUAGGCCACUCGUAUGGGGUUUCCUUCUGCACCUUCCUAGCCCACGAGUACCCGGACCUGGUCCACAAGGUGAUCAUGAUCAACGGGGGCGGCCCCACCGCGCUGGAGCCCAGCCUGUGCUCCAUCUUCAACAUGCCAACCUGCGUCCUUCACUGCCUGUCCCCCUGCCUGGCCUGGAGCUUCCUCAAGGCUGGCUUCGCUCGCCAGGGUGCCAAAGAGAAGCAGCUGCUCAAGGAAGGCAACGCCUUCAACGUCUCCUCCUUCGUCCUGCGGGCCAUGAUGAGCGGCCAGUACUGGCCGGAGGGCGACGAGGUCUAUCACGCCGAGCUCACCGUGCCGGUGCUGCUGGUGCACGGCAUGCAUGACAAGUUUGUGCCAGUGGAGGAGGAUCAGCGGAUGGCCGAGAUCCUGCUGCUCGCGUUCCUGAAGGUGAUUGACGAGGGCAGUCACAUGGUGAUGAUGGAGUGUCCGGAGACGGUGAACACCCUGCUCCACGAGUUCCUCCUGUGGGAGCCCGAGACGCCGGCCGGGGAAGGGCGAGAAGUGGAGAAGAAAUAAGCCAGCCAGCGAGUGGUGACCCGGCUGCGGUGCUGCUUUGACGGGAGGGACUUUUCCACGUGGAGAGAGACGGGGUCUGAGUGCAGGCGCAGAGGGGGGGUGUGGUGGAAAGGCUCCCCCCCCCCACGCAUGGAGCUGUUUCCUUCCCUGGAUACAGCUGGAUUGGAAGCUGGGCUGGCUGGCGGCUAAGCACAAUGGCUUCAAGGGGAGCGUCUUUGCAGGGCCUGGCGCGCGCAGGCUGGC